AUGCAGCCAAUUACACUAUACUGGAGGCCUCAGGUUCCCAACCCCUCCAAGAUUGUAAUUAUCUUCGAGGAGCUUGGUAUACCCUACGUUGGAAAAUUCAUCGAGCAUGCCGACUUGAAGCAGCCAGCUUUUGAAGCAAUCAACCCAAAUGGGAGGGUCCCAGCCAUCCACGACCCAAACACCGACUUAACACUCUGGGAGUCUGGUGCCAUUGUCUCGUACCUGAUCGAAAAGUACGACACCGAACACAAACUUAGUUACGUCACCGAGCCGGAGAAGUACCAUGUCCUUCAGUGGCAGCACUACCAAUCCACUGGCCAAGGACCCUACUGGGGCCAAGCAGCUUGGUUCCAGCUGUUCCAUCAAGAGCCCCUGGAGUCUGCCAAGAAACGGUACGUCGAUGAGGCGAUCCGCAUUGUUAAAGUUCUGGAUAAGUGGCUAGCAGGCCGCGACUGGUUGGUAGGGGAUAAAUGUACAUAUGCGGAUUUGGCUUAUGUGUCGUGGAACGCUGCAAUUCCAUUGUUUAUGCAGGGAAGAAGUGAGUGGAAUAUGGAUGACUAUCCAAACUUCAAACGCUGGAACGAGGCUAUGAUGGGCAGAGCAAGUGUGAUGAAGGCACUUAGCAUGGCGAAGGAAGAAGAUGUGAAAGGAUAG